AUGAAGAAUUCAAACUUCACAAUCAACAAACCACUCUCUUAUGAUGCUUCGAAAGUUGUGCUUAAAUCAAUAAGUCUUGAAAAGAGAGAAGCGAUCAACAAGCGUAUCCCAUCCCUCCGCGUCAUCGACUCCCUCUUCCCAUACGAACUUGAGAAGUUACAAGUAUCCAAUUAUUUCUUCCAAAUAAACGACACAGAAUGGUCUUUCAAUCCUCAAGAAACGGGAGAGAACCAUUGUAAUCUUCGAAUGUCUCGGGACAAACAAAAACUCCCCACCCGUCGCUUGGAAAUUUCCCACGAUGCUGCAUACCGUAAGCUAUGCGAUGCUUAUAUCAGAAAUGGGACAAGAACCCGAUAUUUUGAUUUCUCUAAAGUUCCUGGAUUUCUUAGUGAUAGAGAUCCAGAAGAGUUCAAACUGAAAGUCCAGACUCUGGAGUUGUCGCCGCUUAACACCGUAGCCGAUUAUGAGCACUUGGCUCGCUUUAUUGAGUUGGGAACCUUGAAACGUGUGAUCUACGCAAUGAAUUCAAGAAAUCGAGGAAUUUUGGAUAAACCAGAGAUCAAAACGUGCAAGGAACUCAUCCUUAUCACUAGAUCACGGCAUUUCCCCCUAACUCUCGAGACGCUUCUGGGGCUUCAAAACGAGCACUUAAUCCUUCAGGACACCGAAUUCGCUCAUCUACAUGGCCUUGUGGAGACAUGGCUCGCUUCUGACAAACCGAUCGGAAGUCGUUUCAGUUGGGGACAAACGGACUACGCGGACGUUCUGAACAUUCAUAAGCGUUUCGAGGAGGAGAAGGGAGCUGUUCCAUGGAAACAUCCACGUCUUGGUAACUCCUUCUACGCUCACGGCGUCAAACUCAGCAUGGGAGAGGGUCGGGACCUUGUGAUGUUCGGUGGGUCUACCAAGACUGAGAAGAAAUUCAAUAUUGCUCCGUGGACCUUCGAUAUGGAGAUUAUGGCAGCGGAUGUCUAA